AACGUAACAAUGUAAAAACUACCAUUAAAAUUUAUUUUGUGAUUCAACAGGCUCCUUUUCCUUCUCCAUAUUAUCUGGAAAGAUCAUGUUUAGGGAUGUUGUCUAUGUGACUCAAGAUCUCAGUUUCAGGGUUACUGAUGGCAUAGCAAUCUUCAAGUAUUGGAUGCCCUAUAAACCAGCAUUGUCGCAGAAGCCUUACCAACCUGUACCAUCAGAUAUAGAGGUUGAUGCAAAGCAACGCCUUAUUGUGUGGUUAAAUGGCUUAGAAUACCAUGUCUAUAACAGGUCACAUUUGUACAACAAACUAGAAGAACUUUUUAAAGUUGAAAGAUAUGGAGAUGCUGCCAAAUCAGCCCAGAAUAUACAUGUAGCCAAUGCUGCUGCAGUAGAACGAAAAGCAGAUGUUGAAAAAGGCCAAGAAGAGGUUAAAAGUGGCUUGCCUGCAUGGCUUUUGGAACUGGUUCCAGCUGUCAAGUUUGAUAUCAAUAAUGGAAGAAUAGCAUUUGGAAACAAGCUGUUGGAGACUACUCUGUGUUUCAAGUUUGAGAGUGCCACAGGAAUUUACACCACCUCUCAGGCUAACUCUUCACUGGAUGAGUUCAUGCACAUUGUGAAGUGUCAGGGGAAAAAUGUGCGAGUAAUGUUGUCACCCAGUACAUCCUACAAUGGACCGAGAGAUGAACCACCUCGAUAUAUGGGAGAAGGCUUCAAUGUUCUUCAGACAGCUGACUGCAAAAUCACAUAUUAUCAAGAUGAACCAGGGUUUGCUCUGGAAGUUAAAACUGAGAAUGAAGAAGAACUACCUGACAGUGAUCCUCACUGGGGAAUUGAUGUUGUUUUCCUGAAGAAUACCACACUAUGUUAUGGACCAUGGGUGGACAGACAGAGAGAUGCACUACAGAAGUUCUUUUACCCGUUUGAUUAUCAAGAGAUUCAGGCCACUAAACCACUUGUCCCAGGCCAGAGGCGUGUCCACACUGGACUGGAUGUCAAAUUUGACUUUGAGUGUGACUCUACGCUGGACAUUUUAUUUUCCAAGAACAGGGUCACCAAAGCUGUCCAUCUGUGCGUGGGGUCUGGGUCCCAUGUGCGAGUUUACCAGCCGUGGACUGUGAAUGAGUAUGGUUACACCACGUCAGUUGUGGCCAAAUUAUUCCAAGUUGAAGCCACAACCAGCUUGGCUUAUAGACAGCUCAUUGAAGCAGAGGUCAUGGAUCUGGCUUUUCACAUGUCUUUUCCGCGCAUUUGGAAUCAAACACAACACUGGUCAUGUGACAUCACGCUCUUGAAAGUCACCUGGAGUUUUAUCUUUGCACACAAGUUCUUUUUCCAAGAAAUGGUUGAAGACUGGACGCUGAACUACAAGCCCGAUCUGCUGACGUUUGUGCCUUAUGAAUGGUCGUUUAACAUCAUACUGCGGGACUUCGAGAUGGUGUGGUUAGGAAAUCAGCAUAACUGGAUUGAAUGUACCUCAAACAAACAUGAAAACGCUGAGCUUGCUUUCUGUGGUGAGGUGUUUGACUUGACGUUUGUUCUCCAGUACUUCCGGUUCAUACCGGAAAUCGAGGAGAUCAAGUUCUUUCUGCAGGCUGAGAAGUUGGUCGCCAGAAUGUUUGUUCCAGAAUCUAACACGCUCAGGCGCAGCCUUCUGUCGCUCGCUCGCACAACUGAGAAGAAAAAGGACCAAGGCUCUAGAUCGCGUUCAUCAACCACCACGGGUAACAUAGACGAGGCAGUGGAAAGUGCAGAUGAACAGCCCGUGACUAGCACAACUGAGGGAACCAUUAGCGGUGGAUGGAGGCGGCAUACAGAUGAGAGUUUAGGAUGGGUGGAUGUAAUGUCUGUUCCUAUCUUGGGGUUGUCCCUGGGGUACAUGUAUCACCCACUGUAUCCCAGCCCUAAGUACGAAGUGCCCCGCGGUGAUCCCCUACCCUGUGACCCUACUCAGUGGGAACCUGACGUCAUCAGUUUAGAGCUCGAGGCAGGACCUGCAGCGUUACGAAUGUUUGGCUCAUUGCUAGCGAUGCUGGCGGCUAUCAAGGAAAACUACUUUGGCAUAAAUCAGCAGUUCAAAGAGUUGGGUGUGAGGACAAACCCAGAGGAAGCCAUGAGCGAGAGUACCUUGAGCUCUGGCAGCAGGGACAUAAUCAACUUACAGACUCUGAGGCCAAUGGAAGCCAACAUUUUCCUUACCUUGUACGAUAUCAAGGUGGAGUUAACUAAGCAUUGUGGUAGCAGUGAACCGUCCAGUCCACUCUUGUUAAUGGAAAGACUGUCGUUUGAGAUGCACAAGACUUACACAGAGACUCGUCUUCAGCUGCAUCUCAGCCCAGCUACAAUUGUGCUUGUUGAUGGAAAUGAGCGUGGAAACGUCAAUCAGAAUCUGUCUCAAGGACAUCUGAGUUUAUCUGGAUUCCAGCUCCGUGGUCACGCCAUGUUCUCUGGUCUUGAUCGACCGCCUGACUGUGAGACGCUAGAAUACGCAUGGCUUGUAGAGAUCCAGCUGGGCAUACUGACUGGCAGGCUCACCAUGCCACAGCUUCAAGGCUUGGGAAACUGGGCACAGACAUUCGCCUUUCACGUCAUCAACAAAGAAAACGACCUGGGGCCAAGUAGUCAGUAUGUUCAGUGCAUUCACGGCAAGCAGCAAAAUGUUUGCGACAGAAGACACAAGAAACGAAAGGUGCCAAGAGACAUGGACCCCAACGGAGAGGCAAUCGAGGGGUCCUUGUCAAAAGGGACCUUGAAUAAAGUGAAGAGAUCUUCGCAGUUGUGUAUACCCGAGAGUGACGUCAAGUAUCAGAUGACGAGGGUCUCUCUGGAGAGCGUCAAUUUGUUCCUAGUUGAGACGGGGUGCGCGUGUAAUCUGGAAAUUUUUCCGAUCAGGCUAGCCACGUGUAGUCUUCACAGCUCAGAGUCCAGCUCCGGUGUCAGUCUGUUCGUACAGACAAUCAAAUUGCGUCAAUUUGUUUGCACUCCAUGGCCCGAGAGAACCCAGCAAGUUCUCAGCGAUGUCCGGCGACCUCUGUCCCUUGUAGAAAAUUCCGCCUGGCUCCAGGCGGCUGCGGUACAGCUCGGACCGAUCGUAUCUGAUGUUUCAAGCGCUACUUCCAAUCCCGAGCUUUACCAGGAGCAAAAAGACUUCCUGGAGAUGCACGACGCAAAAUUUCAACGACUUUGGUUCCUGUGGGAACCACUGGAGAAGUUUCCUGGCAAGAGGCAUGGCUGUUGUGGUUGUGCCGGCGGCUGCAACUUCUUCGGCAAAAAUUCCAACGGUCCGCGGUUCUUCACUGCUGAUAAAUUAGACGCCAGUGAGAACGACACGGGGAUUGGUGGGUUUGGAAGCGAGACUGGUUUCUAUGACGAUGGCGAUAUUGUGGACAGUGGUGCCAGACCCUUGAUGUAUUCUCGCAGUGCCGACCUAGAUGCUCUGGGUUCGAAUUACUUUGAUCGAACACCCGUAGGAUCAAUAGAAGCUUUCACGCGCCGGCGAUACCACGUAUCAGGGUCAGAGGGCAGCUCUCCGAAAGUGAGGAGGGCCAUGCAUGCGCCAACAAACGAAGAAGCGUAUUUGGAACUUGGCAUAGAUGACGAGGUCAGCCCCAUGCCUUCUCGUCUUAGCUGGUGUAGUUCACUUCAGCGCCAGUCCGCCAGUAUUUCCAACAUGCACGAAAAAAUGCGACGAAUGCGGAGCACGAGUCUGCAAGGGUCAAAACAGAGCCUGGGACAGAGUAAGAACCAGUCCACCACCAAGGCACCUCAUGGAACGCUGCGAAGGACAGGUUCUCAUUUCUCCCACGGUAGUGAAGCUUCGUUUUAUUCCUGCGGCAGCUUAUUGGAUGAGAUUGAUAUGGGUCCCAGUUCAAGAGUAAACUCUGUUGAAUCAUUUGUAUCUGCCGUGGAAGAACCCGACGAUCUGAUAAGGUUCGAAGACGAGUCAGUUUCCCCGUCUCAUUUUGUUAUCACGUCUCCGAGUCUGGUUUACAAAUACUCGCAGCAUUUGGGUCAGUUAGAAUGCUUGAACUGGAAUUCACCACUGAUGAUUCGUCCUGAGCAGCGCCACUUCAGUAUUAACAACAACUUGAAGGAAACAGAACCACAAGAGGACUUUACAAUUCCUGGAGUGCCGCAAUUCACUUAUCAAAAUGGCGUAACAAUCGAGUUUCCAGUUCUUGUGAAGAAAACCCAGAGGAGGACAGAUCGUGACGACUGGCAUGAAGAAGAGGACGAUUCAUCUUCUAGCAGCGAAUCGGUGUUUUCUCACAACGCUACCGUGAAAGCAGCGAGCCCCGCACGGGACACUCAGGGAGAGACUAAAAACGAAGAUGCUAGUUCUGGAGUUUUGGACGCAAGCGAACACGAUUCCAAUCGCAAAACUCGGUGGAACUCAACCAUCAAUCAGCAAGACAGAAACUCGGCCAGCUCCAGCUCAGAAUGUUCUCCAAACAGCACCCUGAAAAAGGCAAAGAAAUCACGCAACGAAGGAACGGUACUGUUACGCUUUGCUGGAGACAUCAAUAUCCUUGUCACGCCAUUGAUGCUGGAGGCCCUGCAGAGAUAUUUGACCUCAAUAUCCCGACAAGACAGUAUUUUGCAUCCAGCUCUUGUCGUCGACCUGGUGCAUGACAAAUGUGUGGAUGUCACUGAAAGUCUGUACGACAGGCGCAUGAUAGAAGCACCACUCGAUGUAGUACCAGAUGGCACACUUGGUCUCCCCCCUGCUAGUGAAGAACCAAAGCAAAAACAGAUGGUUGUCUUCUUUAACACAUCUAAAAUCAACUUUUGUUUCCUCCAAGUGGCAUCUGUCGACAGUAGCAGCGAGUCUCCGCGCUCUCCAGACAGUGUCAUUGAAGAGGAGAAGCCCCCGUCAGUGUCUCUACUGGCUGGAACGGUAAGCAGCAUUACAGCGGAGUUUUUGUCGGUCAUACGGAAACCUGCGAGCGAUGAAGCCGAGGUCCAGAGGAGAGAGUCGAACGCGUCUGCUCCGGUCGUGUUUCCGAGUGCAAAACAAACUGCCAAAAUUGUCGAGUUACAAUCCCCGACCAACGAGGAGUCGAGUUUUCCCAAUAAGAAGGCGCCACGUCAUCGAAACACCAUGACGACUGGUCGUGCGACGUGCGCGCAGAUUCAGUUUCAGCUUCGGAAGUUGUGUGACGAAGAGGACAUUGGGAAUUGCGUGACAACCGCCAUACCGGAAGAGUCUUCGAGGUGUAAAUUCCAAGUAAACAAUAGCAGCUACAUAAGCUUUACGGAGGGCUUUGAAACUCACGAUGUCCAUGCUGACAAAAUACUCAGUUUACUUAUGCUGGAGUGUGGUCUUGACAACGUUUCUUUCAAAGCUGGAAGUGAGUGCGCGAGUGGAAGUGAGGUAUUACCGAAGAUCCGAGAGAAAAGGCGCGCUUCCGGUCAAGAAAGUGAAUUUCGGAAAUUUUCCCUUGGCAAAGAUCAAAGUAAAACGGACACUGCAGAGACGCACGGGUUUAAUAAUCCGAUGUUUGACAGAGAGCUAGGCCCCUUAGGAUUGCGUUUUGUCGAGCAGGAGCGUGGUUCAGAUGCAUCUCUGAGCCGCGUGAGUUCUUUGCCGUCUAGUCGCGGUUCUCUCAGCAGUAGUAGUGGAAAUGAUUCAGACAAGGAAAGCGACGCUGACGAUGACGUUACUAAACCUUUACUACGAGCGGGAGAUCGUUUUGAAAACGCGCAGGGAAGAGAUAAUUCUGAUUCGGCUAAACUGGAGGAGAUUGAACCAAAGGACGCAGAACUCGCUCGGAGGACAGAUGUUACAAUGAAUUUCUCCAACAUUUGGUUCAAUCUUUCGUCACCGUCCUCAUUAAAGACUGUGCCCUCGAACUAUCACUUAUACAACAGUCUUGUCACGACUGCUGUGCCUUUCGUGACAGCAUGGAUCCCACCAGUCACACAACUUAAGUCAGUUCUCGAUAAACUGGAGAAGAAUCGGCAACGAUUUCUAAACAGCUUGUUUGCGUGUUUACUGGCUCAAGCUCUUCCCGAGUAUGGGCGUAUCCCGAAAGCGCACACAGUAAGCUGUGGUUCCACGGAGAAAGCUAAGUUUCUACAGGAAGACCACUCCAGCCAACUUAUUUACAUUCUUCGCCGGCAGCUAACAGGCUCCAAACUCAACAAGAUCAAUCAAGCUCUUACCAUGAAAGCAAAUAUCCCAGAAAACGAGAAUCUAACGAAAGGGAUCUUUGCCUUGGCGAGGCAGUGGAAGUGCUUUUUGGCGGGAACCGAGAAAGGCGAGGUCGCAUUUUACGGGUCCAGUUCCCUGAAGCGUCGUGUGGUUGGACGUGGAGUACUGACCCAGAGGGACCGCGCUAUUUUGUUGAGGGAGGAGAGAGCGAGUAGGCAAGAAGACACCCCUUUGAAUGUGAAUGUUCCUGGGAUACUGGAGACAGUACAUGAGAGCCCUAAGUUGACCACUGUGGAGCAGUCUAAAGAUCAAGGAGAAUCUCCAGCCGACACGCCAGUCAAAACUGCGAAAGAUUCUCUAGCACUGGAGCUCGAACCGUUGGUUGCCGCUAAAGCGUCUCCGGCGCCUGCUCACUUGGAUCUGCCAAGACCAAAGAGAGAGGCCUCACAAGAGAGUGACACAGACUCAGAUUACUCACCACCAACAACCGUGAGGAAACCUCCCAAGGGAACGUCAUACACUGAGGGAAAGAAGAUGGGCCAUCAUAAACAGCUCAGUCUGUACAGCUGGCUGUCUUCACCGCCCACUACCUCCCCUCCCACGUCACAAACCAAGUCAACUGUCGAGGGAGGACGGGAGAGGAAGACAGCAGAGUUCAUUAAAGGUUCUAUUUCCAAACCGAUGUCCCCUGAACAGCCAGUUCUGUUCAGUGAUAUGGUAAGCGUACCGACCAGCGGUAAACAGAUUAAAGACGAGCGCGAGACUUUCAAGAACUUCCUACAGGCCAUCAAUCUAAUGCCUAGGGUCGCUAAACAACAGGACACAGCCAGCACAUUCUCUGUGAGCACUAAGCUGAGGUACCUCCACGUGCAUCUGGUAGACGGAGGGUUCGAUAACUUGGCUAAGAAAGGAAAGGGCAAAGGAAAGAAUAGAGUAGAGGCUGAAGACCGAACCAAGAGACGGCGCCAGGAGAGAGAUCCGGUAUUCAUUGCAAGAGACUUCGUUGUCAGAUUUCUUUGCGAUGAGACUCCUUUGGACAUUCCAUGUAACAAAACCCCGAACAGCAGUUUCCACUCGGAGGAGGACAGUACCAAGCUAACUCAAAUCAAGUUUACUGUGGGCUGCGGAAAUAUCACGCAGCGUGUUAACCUGUCGUUCGUCCGUUUAGUCCUUCAAGUUGUAGACAUGCUAGAUUUGCUGUCAGAUGUCAUUUCUAAAAGCAAUGAGAACGACGUACCUUUGAUAUCUGGGGACCCGAGCUUGAUGUCGGCUGAGGAUAGAACUGAUGGGGUUCAGGUGUUGAAGUCAAAAGUGCCCCAUGGUGCUGUGAAGUGUUGGAGAAUAAUGUACCAGAUUGUGGACCUUUAUUCGUCACUUCCCCGCGAGGCCAAGAAUAAGGGCUUCAUGCGACGGAGCACCAUAGGGAGAGCACUAGGAGCCGACAGAAUGUCACCAGAUAAGCCCUGGGAAGUGAAAAUUGACAUCGAAGACGGCCCGACGGACGAUCGAAGAAGACGCCGCGCUCACAGUCCAGGCAGUCCCGAGAAAAGGCGCUCAGCCGCCAGCCGAAGCACCACUGAGGCAACGAUCAUUACAGAUCAGGAGGAUGCGCCAAGUGUGAUACCACUGUCCAUAGUGUUCGGUGUUGUAACGUUACCAAGAGUUAAACUGCUGGCCAGUAUUGGUGGGCUCAUUCUGGAGACGGAGAUCAGAGAAAUGAGUGUGUCUUGUUCUAGGAAAGAGGAAGCUGAGAAGAACUGUGAAGGACACGCGAUAUCUUCCGUGACGGGACAUGUGGGAAAGACUAAAGUGGACCUAAAGGAGACUUCGAAAUUUGUCACGGGGACUGUGGUAAGCUGCAGUUUGUCUCGUUCUCAUGCGCUUUACUCUUCCGUCACGCGAGGCAGUGAGGAGAAAGGUAACGCAUUGGUGACAUUGGGUAUGAUUGAUAUCGAUAUCCCUCAACACCCUGUUGCGUUACAUUCGAUGAUGACGCGCAGCUCACGCGCCAUAUCACGUCACAUCUCGGAGAUUCAGACCCAGAGAUCAGUCAUAAGAUCUAUGGCAAGUUUUGAAGUUAGUUCCCAGUCCCGUCUGAUGGGCCACAGGUUGUCGGGUGUUCCAUCGGAAAUUUCAAAGUUCACCCAGCUCGUGUCUCCCUCAACUCCCAAGCCAUUUGCUCUGUUGGAUCGUGUCGAUGGCCCGUCCCCACUCCCCUCAGUUUCCAAGAUCUCUUUCACUUGUGUGUUGAAAGGGUUUGGCUUAGGAGCUUCGUUACUGCCAUCUUUAAGAGCAGAAUACAAGAUGGGAAAAAUAACUGGAUCAGGUCGCACUGACAAGAACAGUACUUUUAAGCUGGCCAUGCCAGUUCACAGUCUGAGUUUUACUUCCAAGGUCCAAUCCGUGGACAAUACAAUCCCACCAGCCACUGUUGUAGAACUACCACCAGUCCACGUACAUGGCGAGCUCGUAACCAAACUUCCCCGGGCUAUCAGAACCAAGGAUGGUCCUCCGGAGAUUGAGGAGAGCUUUCGGAGUCGUUCCAGGGCUAAAACGCAUUUGUACGUGUCCGCAGAAAUAGGCGCCUUCCAACACAGCCUGACGACCGAUCUGUUGAAUCAUCUGGUGUUUGUACAGAAGAGCUUCAUGAAGGAGGUGAAUGAUGUCCUUCAGCGCGUUUCUGGUGAAAGUCAACCUGUUCCUUUGUGGAGAACAGCUUCAACCGAAGAUUUGGACAACAUAAAAGAGAAAGAGUUUCCUUUAUUUUAUUCCCUCCGACUCAAUUUGAAGGGUAUUCAAGUGACAGCGACAACUCCUUCGUCGACCGCUGUCAGAUUGGAUACGGGUGUAAUGGCUUUGGAAGUGUCUAAUUCAGCGCCAUCAUCUAAUCUCCUGCCUGGGCAGCUAAAGAGAAGCAGUAGUUAUGUGAAACUCUUUGGGAAAGCGCAAGUGGACGUAAAUCUUUCCCUUGGUCAAUUUGUUAAGAGCCGUAACAUAGACAACGAAUUUGAUUUCCAACAAUUGGCCUACUUCAAGACCAGAAUCGGGGUCAGCAAUUCAUUUCAGGACAGCAGGUCAGUAGCUGGAACGGAAGAUAAGGAGACUUUUCUUGUGACGCUGACAAAACCCUGUUUGUACGUACAACAGGUGGCUUUUGACAAAGCUGUUCUAGUUUAUUUGAACUACAAGAAUGCAUACGAACACUGGAAUGAGCAGCGACUUGCUCUGAAUAAAGAGGUUCACUUUGCUACCCAAGCAGUGUUGGACAAGUUGCCUCAAAGACCUCCGUCUUCUCAGCUGUCAGGAUCGUUAUUCCUCCAACUGACAGUCGAUCAUCUUGGAGUUUGCAUCCCGCUCUACAAUGGCAACCAGGUUGUUGCUCAAGGUUUCCAAAUGAGAUAUCCUGAGCAAGAACCCGGCCCUGCUAUGGUAUUACUAGUGGAGCAGAUGCUCUUAACUUGCUGUUCUAGCGUCUCUUUUGUCAGCAAAGGAAAGUUCAGCAGUUUCUCGCUGUGGUUCGCCGACAAAUUUGACACGGACACGUACUUCGUUGAUCAUUUUUUCUUGUCACUUGAAGGUGUUGUUCCAGAGGGAACAUACGAGCUAUGCUCAAGAACACAAAGGUACCCUUUGUCAGCAGACAUGAUAAAAGCAGGAAAGUGGGUGAUGUCGUUUCAAUGGCGCAUGUGCGGUAUCGAGUUACAUUGUGACACCAGCAUUGGAAAACAUCUGUCAUCAUUGGCGCAGACGCUAACCGCACUGGCUGGUGAGCCGGAUGUAGCUAACAUUGACUCGGUGACGGAAGCACAGGACAGAGACCCCAGCCUGGAAACUGAUGCCACAGGCCGAGAUGAAGUGGACAACAUGGCUGGGGCUUUAGAUAGGCGUAAAUCCAAAAAUAUCGAGAAGACCAUGUGGGAACAGGCUCGUAAAGUCAAUGAGCUUAGAUUAAAGUACUUCGUUGAUCAUUUUUUCUUGUCACUUGAAGGUGUUGUUCCAGAGGGAACAUACGAGCUAUGCUCAAGAACACAAAGGUACCCUUUGUCAGCAGACAUGAUAAAAGCAGGAAAGUGGGUGAUGUCGUUUCAAUGGCGCAUGUGCGGUAUCGAGUUACAUUGUGACACCAGCAUUGGAAAACAUCUGUCAUCAUUGGCGCAGACGCUAACCGCACUGGCUGGUGAGCCGGAUGUAGCUAACAUUGACUCGGUGACGGAAGCACAGGACAGAGACCCCAGCCUGGAAACUGAUGCCACAGGCCGAGAUGAAGUGGACAACAUGGCUGGGGCUUUAGAUAGGCGUAAAUCCAAAAAUAUCGAGAAGACCAUGUGGGAACAGGCUCGUAAAGUCAAUGAGCUUAGGAGGAAAACCGCAGUAGAAUCGUACAUCAUGGAACAAGAAACAAGACGGCUUCAAGAUUUGGAGAGCGCGGUCUUUAACGAAUUUCGUAAAGAUGUCCGCAAAAAACUUCGGCGGCAUUCUCGAUCUGGCCGAUCGGGACUGCCGAAGAUAACGGAGUCGGACCGAGCCAAUCUGCACCGCAAGAAGGCCAUGUCAGAGAAAAUCCACGGAUCCAGGACGCGCUCUCGAGUACGACGCCAAGCGAGCAGUGAUGUGGAGGAGAUGGAGAGUGAAAUGGUAGAGAUGGGUUCUAAUUCAUCGACGCCGCAAAAAUCAAGGAAACAUUUAACAAGUGAUGCUCCAGUGAUUAUAUGCGAAGACCGCACGGGGAAUGCAAUUUUUGGUAAACGUUCACCGUCCCUGCCAGAUAUCUUAAACGUCGGAAUCAGCGCCAGUAAAGUGAAUCACGAAGACCCGUUGCCGUUACGCAGUCCGUCGCACCAGGAAGGGGAGGGUACGACAGGACCAAGAGUGACCUUCAGGACCGCUAGUGAGUCCGAUUAUGACAGCGGCGCGUCUCAAAAGUCCAUUGCUAUGCAACAGCAGCAGCAACAACAACAACAGCAGCAACAGAAUCUUGAUUUUGAGUUGGACGUGGCUGUUGUUAUUGACAGCGGAAAGUGCGUGUUUUAUCCCGCAGAUGAAGGAGAAAAGGAGGAAAAUGCAGACUCCAAAAACACUGGCAAGCGCCUCCAGUUAUUUGAUCCAACUCGAGGUAAACUAUCAUCUCCUGUGUUUCAAACUACUCUGGGCCCGAAGCGACAGAAACAAAGCACACAAGAAAAACCCUCUCAACCCGAGGACACUAAGAUACUGCUGCCUGCUGUGGAUGUCCGGGUAAACUACCACUCUAACAUCGACUCUGAAAACGUUGGACCCCCUGGGACACCCCCGGUGCAGAGCGGGGCUACUCCUACAGUAAGGGCGGAAGAUGGCCCCACGGAUAGCGAGUCUUCAAAUACCGUUUACCCCGAGACGCCGGAUCAGGGAACGCCAGGCAUGGAUAAUUUAAACUCUAGCAAUACCUGUCACAGGAAAGUCGUCAAAAAAGCAGGGCUGUACGUGUGGGUGUUGUUCCAGGCAUUGCCACAGGAAAUGGUCUUAAAGCCACGUUUGUUGGAUUUCAUAGAACAAGCGCUUCAACCAAUCAGCGUGCCAGGCGAAGACGAGGUGGUGGACGGCGGGGGAAUAGCUUCGGGUGAGGACAGCGACACAGAAGGCGAGGUAGGAGGUUCCGUCGUGUCAUCUUCCAUGUCGGAGCAUUCUUCGUUCCCGGUGGAUGUGGUGGUGGUGAUCCGAGUGCAGCCGUCUGAUAUUCGCUUCAGCUGCCUACCUGUGUCUCGGGUGGAGUGUAUGCUACGGCUUCCCGCUUUAGAUGUGGUCUUUUCGUCCAACUCCAGCCCAAACAAGUCAUUGGUGCAGACUCCUUCAUCUCGUCUCUCUUCUCGGGACUACUCCUUCCUCCGAAUGGACCAGCUAGACACCACCCUGACUCCGUCCUCGCUGACUUUUGACAGCGGCGGAAUCAGCUUCACCGUUUGUCUCUCGCGCUUUUCGUUCUGUAUCUUCCAUCCUUACGGGAAGCAGCACACAGGCUUGGGCCGCUCCCCCAGCAACACAUCUCCAGAUCAGGAAGAAAACCCCGAAGACAACCGCCCUCGAUUUCGCUUUGCCUCCUCUCAGCCCUUGUCAGGGAAGAAAGACUCGUUAAGCUUGAACGUAGAGUUCGUGAAGUUCAAUCUGUCACGCAGACGAGUUGGUUCUGCGGGUGGCGUGACGGAAGAUAAAACGAGGACGCCAUCGCCUGAUCUUCUGGCCGGGACGGGGACUGGGUCAUCAACUGUUGUCAAAGUUUCUGGCAUCUGUGACAUCGGCUCGGCAACCUUCAACUACGACAUGCGACGUCUGAACGAGAUCUUGGACUUUCCGAAAGCGUGGUACAAGAGAGGACUUGUCCAGCGGUUGUUCUUAGGAAAAGAGGGCUCGUACGCAACAAAGACCUCAGCGACGGGAUCAGAAAUGAGCCCUGAAGUGCCCUCUCCUAGUACGGGCGAGGAUUCGAAAAGAAGAUCUGCGUCCCUUAACGAGAAAGAAGUACCAGUCCCGACUCCGGCAGGGCUUCGCAAGCUUUCGUUAUUUCGGUCCAUGUCCGAGUCGCACGAUGAUCCUGUACCUGCCACUCCGGUUAAAUCGCCAGCGAGCAAGCCAAAACCAGGUCAUCGUAAAGUGGCGUCGUCUAGCAGUGCUUUCUUCGGCCUCCUUCCUACCUCUCCCAGUCUCUUCCGGUCCAUGACCAUGAGCGGGACUCGGCAUGGGUUAUUGAGUCCCUCGGUAGCCUCGCCUUCGAACACCAGAAGACGGUCUUCAGUAUCAGAUGGUAGGAAGCACUCUAUUCCUGAACGUCCGCAUCUAAAAGUCAUUGAAGGCUCAUCAGAAACGGAAGUUGACGGACCUCUGAGCCAUUCCUCCUCGUCCAGUCUCGGAGGGACUAGGUCCAAGUGGGAGACUUUUGUGGUUGUGGCUGUGAAUUUGUCUCGACUUGACAUUUCGACAAAUAUGGGCAGUGUUAUGGGACAGACACUCUGGAGCACCAGUGAUCUUCGUUCCCAGUGCCACUUGACCCUCACUAACACGGGUCGUCGUGAACUGAAGGGUUCAGCCAGUGUCAGGCAGGCCAUCUAUGAAGCACGAAGCGGGAUUGUUGGCGGACAUAUUGAAAUACAAGAGCUCAAGAUGCGAGCUGAUAUCAACGAAGAGCGAGGCUGUAAUCCACAGCACCUGAUCCACUUGAGCCUGCGGUACGCUGAGGCGCGUGUUGAUUACAUGGGAACAUGUAUACUUAUGGGAAACCUGUCUGCAUUCAAGACAGACCUGCACGAUGAGUGGACGCUGCAAGAAACGACGAGUCCUUCUACUGAUAAUUUGUUCGAACAGGAGCGUGAGCCAGUUAACGCUAAAAUCUACAUGCACGGUGACCUGGCGUGGAAUGAUUUCAAGAUCAUGAUUUGUCGCUCCACUACCCCUGACAUGGUUAAGAUGAUUGCAAAGAUUCAAGAAUUUGUUGCCCAGCAACACAGAAACAGCAUCCGGGCACUUUCCUCUCUGCGGCCUCACAUCACGUACAUCGCUGGCGAUGUGAUGUCAUCACUGUCCUCACCAGUCUCCACAGGAUCGCCAGCCGCCGGCAAAGAAGGAAACAAAGACGGCCUGAAGUAUCAACACUGGGGUAAAGUGUUAAACGCCGUUAGAAGCCUCAAGUUGAGUGUCCUGAGCAGCCCCCUGCCAGAGAGAGGCGUGCUACUGGGAGGCAGUCUGGCCCUGCAUGGCAAAGCCGUCUCUCUGGCUUGCUUCCAUGGAGUAAACUUCCGCUCUCAGUCUUGGGUCUUGUUCACACUUCAGAGACCUUACAUGACGUUCACUAGUAAGGUGUGCACUGUUGAGAAGAGUUGUCAGGUGAGGCGCGUCAAAGCCGUGCAGGAUCUCUCGCUUAGGCUCGGUCAUGGGACGGAGGACUCGGUCAGUGGGAAACUGUCGCCUUCCUCAGCACACGUCGGAAUCAUUCAAAAGGUUGCUCGCGGCAGGAGGAACCCCCCGUCUAUGGGCAGCACGGUACAAGAUUGGCUUAACUACGUCUGUGCAACCGGAGGGGACAUAAGCCCGACCGAUUCCACCGCGCCCUCAAGUUUCGAUAAGCCUCGUGAUCGCCCGGAAUCUGGGACUGGCCCUGGUAAAGCUACGUCGAAAGAACGACGAUCGAGCUACACGGCCGGCUUCCGAUACGAGCACGAGACGGAGGCCAUCUUCGCGAUUCCAAAGUUUGAGGUGGAAUUCCGAUCUGAACACGAUAUGCCGAUGACUUCAAUCGCAUCCAAUUGGGUCUGUAAGAAAAAGAGUGCUCCGUCAGUCACGCCGCUGCCUGUGACACCGGCAAGCCCACAUGUAGUGGAGACAACCCUGACCUCAACCUUUGAUGAUGGGCUUUGUGUUACGGUAGAUGUGGGCCUUUUAUUCUUCUUACAUGACGUGGUACAGACGUACAUAAAAGAGAACGAGACCACCUCUUCAGGUUCCAUUCCGCGGGGGAUGUCUCCACCCUCGCGUGUCCGCAAAGAGCGCAUGACUGAAAAAGAAGACAGAGAGAAAGCUCCCAAACCGGAAGCCAAGAGGAUACGUCAGUUCCGGAGCAAGCACUGGAAACUAGAGCCUCGAGUUCGUUUCUUGUCUUGGGCUGGGAAGAACAUGGACCCAGUUAACAUUGACUGGGUUCUUCAGAAGCUCGGUUUCUCGCAUGCGCAGUUGACCAUUCCGAAGUGGGCUCAGCGUGGGGCCAUGGACCCAAUGGACGCGUUUUUGUCGCUUUUGGUUGACAGACUUUUGGCGGGAAUGCAGGAGAGCGCGUCAUACCUAGGCGACGAAAAUUAAUUCACCGUCUUUUCAGUAAUAAUUAUAACCAUGGACUCAGUGAUAAUUGAAUUGUGAUAGUCAUGAUGCGAUAAUCAUGAUAAUCUAAUCGUGAUUGCAGAAAUGAGACUAAUUUAUUCUUUUUAAGCCUUAUUUAGUUUUGUAUUCUGACAUGUUUCAUUUAUGCUUGCAGCUGUUGCUUUUUUUUACAAAAAUGCAAAGCACCCGACUUUUUGUCUCUAACACUGUUGUAUUUGUAUCAUUUGACGGACGAGUUUUUUCAUUUCUCUUUUUAUGUUAUCGAAUUAUUUUUGAAUUUUUCUUCAAGUUCCCCAUAAAUUAAGCAAGUUUCUGGUCGCGAAUAUCAAAAACCCACGUAGUGGAAAGCAAAUUAAGUUGCUAAUCAGAGCUUUUCGUGCAGGAAGUUUAUCAAUGCUUAUACUUUACCCCUUUUUCCGUAGGUUUGUUUACACCCCAAAGAUUUAAUUUUCUGCCAAAACGUAAUUAAACAUUUCACUUCUUGGUGUUAUAAGUAGGCUUAAGCCACAAUCGGCCGCAUUUUAGUCGGCUUGGAAUUAUUACCAAUUACAGAAAUAAUGCCGGUGUAAAUAUUUUGGGGGCUAUUUAUAUAUUUCAAUUUUGAACUUUUUCAUUAGAGAGAUAAAUGUACGCUUUUGAAUUCUGCAGACUAGUGGCGAGUUCGUGAAUUAUAUUACUGUUUUUUGAGCUUGAGACUAAAGAUUUUAAAACACGAGUACUAUAAUUUUGGAAUAUUUUUAAUGAUGUCUAAUAUUGCGAACUUAAGGUAUCUUAUGACUGUGCUCAGUUCCCAGAAGUUUUAUGUUGGUUGAUAAUAAACUGAAAACAGCUGCUGAGAAUAAGAAUCAAGGCUGGUUGAA